GGUGGAAACAACAACGGAAACGGCCGGGUUAAACCCGGAUUCUUCCCGGAGCUCCGUCGUACGAAAUCCCUCCCGGCGUCGAGAGCACCGACAAGCUCCCUUCCAUGUCACUUUUCGUCCCCUUCACACGCGCCACGAAGCUUCUACAACCUUUCUUCGAAGAAACACUCAAGAAUCUUCCACAAGUUUCGUUUAUGGUCUCCGAUGGAUUCCUCUGGUGGACAUCGGAAUCUGCAGCUAAGUUCAAGAUCCCUAGGUUGGUCUUCUACGACAUGAACUCUUACUCCGCCGCUGUCUCCAUCUCUGUUUUCAAACUCUUUACCGAACCGGAAACUAAAUCUGAUACCGAACCGGUCACUGUACCAGACUUUCCAUGGAUCCGGGUUAACAAGAGUGAUUUCGACCAUGGUACUACUGAUCCGAAAGAAUCAGGUGCAGCCUUCGAACUGUCUAUGGACCAAAUCAUGUCGAGCAAUACAAGUCAUGGGUUUUUAGUCAAUAGCUUCUACGAGCUCGAAUCAACAUUUGUUGAUUACAACAAACCAAAGUCGUGGUGUGUUGGGCCACUGUGUUUAACAGAUCCUCCUAAAACUUUAGGUGGAAACAACAACGGAAACGGCCGGGUUAAACCCGGAUUCUUCCCGGAGCUCCGUCGUACGAAAUCCCUCCCGGCGUCUAAGAACAGCGAAGGAUUCUCCGGCGUGUUUGAGCCACAACGUAGGUCUUGGGAUCUCUAAUUGUAAUUGAACUUAUCAUGAUUCAAUUAGCUAGCUAUUCAGAGGUUGUGAACAGAUAGGAGAUUUUGUGUUUCCUCUGUUGAACUUCACUUAAUAGUUAAUAGCCACAUUGCUUCAAGACUGUGUGUAAAUGUUGUCCUUUAAGUUUCCUUUGGUUCAUGAAAGGUAACAGACUGUGUUUGUAGGUGUUGGUGGGUACUCUUAUCUUUACGAGCCUCUUUGGUGGUCUUAAUAAGUUGCUAUUGGGGAC